AUGACGAAACCAAAAUCCAUAAAACAAGCUUUAAUUGGGAACUUUUUCAAAAGAAAAUACGAAGAAAUUAAUGAUAAUGACUCCAGUCCGAAUGUUGGUAAUGAUAUCCAAGCAAAUGAUGACGUUGAUGCAAGUCCGAAUGUUGAUAAUGAGAAUAUCCGAGCAAAUGAUGACGUUGAUGCAAGUCCGAAUGUUGAUAAUGAUAAUCCUACAACUUCAAUUCCAAGAAAUGAUUGCAAACUAUUAUCGAUUACUGGUUCCGUUAUGAGUGCUAGAUUUUGUUUAGAAAACUCUUUACCCUUUCGUGGCCAUGAUGAGUCGGAAAAAUCUAAUUCUCAAGGUAUGUUUCUUUCGGUGUUAAACUUGAUUAGUACUAACCACCCGGAAAUUGGAAAGUACACAUUAGGGAACGCAAAAAAGAACAAUAAACUGACAUCGCCAAAGAUUCAAAAGGAGAUUAUUGAAUGCUUUUCAAAGGAAGUAACAACAAGCAUUUGUGCAGAAAUUAAAGAUGAUGUGUUUGGGUUGUUGGUAGAUGAAUCUAGUGAUGUUUCUUUGAAGGAGCAAAUGGCUGUAGUUGUUAGAUUUGUUGAUAAACUUGGGGUUGUUAGAGAGAGUUUAAUCGGAAUUAUUCAUUUGAACGACACGGCUUCUAUAACUCUUAAAGAAGCCAUUGAUGAUUUAUUAGCAAGCAACCAGUUAAGCAUAAAGCAAGUGAGAGGGCAAGGUUAUGAUGGUGCAAGCAACAUGCGGGGAGAAUUUAAUGGGUUAAAAGCGUUGAUUUUGAAAGAUAACCUGUCAGCACAUUACAUCCAUUGUUUUGCUCAUCAACUUCAGUUGGUUAUUGUGGCUGUUGCAAAAAAACAUACCGGUGUCAAAACUUUCUAUGAGUUCCUUUCCAUGGUUGUCACUACGGUUUCAGCUUCUUGCAAACGAAAAGAUAUAUUAAGGGAGGAGAAAAAGGCUAGAGUGGAAAAAGAAUUACUUGAAGGUGAAAUUAAAACGGGUAAAGGAUUAAACCAAGAGGUUUCCCUAGCACGAGCCGGUAAUACGCGAUGGGGUUCACAUCAUAGAACCAUCAUCAGUUUGCUUAGAUUGUUUCCGGAAGUUGUGACCGUACUCCAAUAUGUUAAAGAAGAUGGAGAUUGCAGUCAACAACGAACAAAUGCAAAAGGUAAAGAUUUAUUAGAAGCGGCCAACUUGAUAAAUGGUACAAACGAGCAUUAA